GGCUGUGACAUUGACGACAUUGGUAUAUGUGCUCGAAUGAGCAAUCUUCAAGUCCUUUCAUUGAGUAUGAAUCGAGUGAGUUGUUUGGAACCACUGAAACACUGUGAACGACUUGAGGAGUUGUAUUUGCGAAGGAAUGCAAUAUCGAGUCUGAAUGAGCUGGAACAUCUGAAGGAUUUGAAGAGUUUGCGAACACUGUGGAUCGAUGAGAAUCCAUGCACUGCCGAUAAUGCUCAUCGCUCGAAAGUUCUCAGAAUUCUGCCAAAUCUCACGAAAUUGGACGAUAAAAUUGUAACCGUUGAUGAUUUGAUGAAAAUUCAAGAAAUUCAUAAUCAACAGCAGCAAUCAGACUUGAAUAACACGAUCAUUUAUUGUGAUGGCAAUGCCAAUAAUUUCGACGGGAUUCUAGCAUCGGCAUCAGAUGACCGGAGGAUCGUUGAUACCGUCCUCCCGAAUAGCAAUAAGAUCAACAAUAAUCAAUUGUUAAACCUAGUAUCAACUCAUUCAUUGGAUGCGUUGAACGGUGGGGAUGAAAUUGGUAGUCCUUGUAGAACAGUAAUGCAUGCGUCUAUUUAUGAUAGUAUUAUUGAAGACGAACAAGCGAACAAUGAUGACGAUAAUGAGCAAUGGCAUGAUUUUGAUAUAGAUGCUGUUCACUGUUCACCACCAACGGAAAUGCCCAUGUCAAUGUCGAUGAAUCCGCAGAUGUUUCAAAGUUUGUAUGAGGGAUCGCAGAGUGCACGUCACUCGCGUGCAUACCGCAUGCCGUUAUCAUUGCAACAUCGGAGUGUUAGUGUACCGAGACGAGGAUAUCCAUCCAUUUCAAGCAGUCCAAAAAGGCGCCAACGAACGGAAAAAGUAAUGUCAGCAGUGAAUGUUCUACUGGAUGAAUUAGAUGCAGAUGGAUUAAGAAGAGUAAUUGAUGAGGCACAAAAAAGGAUAAAGAAACAACGGUGA